GCUCCACGUGUGUCGCGCAGAGAAGAGGUCGUCUCUCUCGCUCGCGGACGUCUUGACGGUCGACGCGCUCUUGAGCCACGAUUCCCAGACUCGCUCGUUCUCGUCGCUCCGAGUAGCCGCCCCCGAUCCCGUGUGCGAAGACGUCGUCAGCCUCAUCUCGCCGCCCGGAAGAGGUGAAUAAGACAAAAGCCUGCCCUCGCCAUACGUGUUGAUAGGCGUGCCCUCGCCUCACUCCUACCGGCAACCGAAGAAUCCUGGAGGGCCACUUCAUCCCCAGGCUGGCGCAUUUCGUAUUUCGCCUUUUGAACAAUAUGGACGUUUUUCCCGUGGUUCUCUAGCAGGAGCUGUAGCAGCGGCCACCACCCCGGUCCCUCUCGCUUUCCCAGGCCAGACGCGCCAACACUCGAGACCACGUUAACCUCUGACGACUUUAGCACACUUGGCAAAAUGGUGACCGAAGGAAAGAUUCACAACCUGGUGAUAGAGGACUCUGCCGACGUUCUCCACCAUCGUCUUGGCCAACUCAACCAGCUGAGGAAAAGCCGACACUUCUGUGACGUCGUUCUUCAGGUGGGCAGUUCGGAGAUUCACGCCCAUCGCUCGGUUUUGGCAUGUGCUUCGCCCUACUUCUUUGAGCUUUUCACCGCCGAAGAUGAACACAAGUCAGCUCGUGAAGGAAGGUUGUUAUACAAGCUGAAUGGAGGUUUCGAUCGUGACUCCGUAGAGAGGUUGGUGAACUAUGCUUACACCGGCUGCCUUGAAGUGCCCGACCCGCAAGUGAAGGCGGUCUUCAUCGCUUCUAGACGACUGAAGAUGGAAAAUGUGACUAACGCAUGUGGAGAGCAUUUAGUGGCCAACCUUUCCCCCGAAACCUGUCUCGGUAUAAGGGCCAUCAAUGGCAUUGCCGCUAAUGCGUCUUUUGCUGAGCGGGUAGACCAAUACAUACAGCAACAACCUGACUUGGUUGAAGUAACAAGAGAUGCCUUGGGGGUCCCCAAACUACAAGUAACAGUCAUCCAUAAGACCCAGGAUGAAGCAGCCAUCACAGGACGCGCACUCUGUAAUCUUGUCCUUGAGUGGCUGAAGAAACAGUUGGCAGAGGAGGAAAUUCAACUUGAUCUGUUAAAGGAAAAGAAGCAUAUGUUGUACUUGAACAUGGAUAACUCCCUCCAUGACUGUACAGAGAUCCAGUCAGGUGAUCUUAAUGAUUCAGAGAUGGUCCAGGACUACAAGAAAAUGUCCAGAAAACUCUCUCAAACAAACAUUAAGGCUCGAAGGAAGUCUACAACACCACAGCCUUCCAAGCCCCGCCUUUUGCUCUACUCUCGUAGUAUUUCUGAUAAGGAUGACUCAGAGCAGGAUUCAGACUGGAAGGUCAUUGCAUAUUCUCAUGUUUCCGAAACUUCAUGGCUGGCCAUAGUGACACUGAAAGGCUCAGUUGCUGUUCUGUCUGUGCAACAGAAAAUGGGAAGUUCAUCACCAACAAACACUCCUAUGACAUCCCGCCCAUCUUCCAUGGAGAAAGUAGACUAUUAUACAGUUAUUCCUCAUAUGUCUUCACCAAAGUGUGCCUCUGGAACGGGUAACCUUAAUGGGCGACUCUUGGUAUGUGGCGGCUAUGAUCGCGGAGAGUGUCUUCGAUCGGUUGAGGCUUACAACCCACAGAACAAUACUUGGACAGCACAACCAUACAUGCGCCAGGGAAGAGGACGGUUUGACCUGACAGUUCUGAAUGGGAAGGCCUAUGCAAUUGGAGGCUGUGAUGGUACACGAGAGCUUAAUAACGUUGAGGUUCUUGAGGAACAUUCUACAAAAUGGACCAGCGUUGCUCCUCUGCCUCUGGCUCGCUCCAACACUGGUGUCUGCAGUGUAGAUGGGAAAGUGUUCUGCAUAGGAGGGUGGAAUGGCCAGUAUGGGAUUAAGCAGUGUGAUAUGUAUGACCCUGCAGCUGACAUGUGGCAGACAAUUGCUUCUCUUCAUAUUGGCCGUUACCAAGCAGGAGUGGCUUCCCUUGUAGGAAAGGUCUAUGCAGCCGGAGGUUGUGACUCUUGGAAUUGCCUGAACUCAGUUGAAGUUUAUGAUCCAGUACUGGAUACAUGGCGUUUUGUUGCCCCAAUGACAACACCUAGGCGGGGAUGUGGAGCUGAAGUAUUCAAAGGGAAAUUGUAUGUGAUUGGCGGCUCUGAUGGGACCCAGAGUCUUUGUUCAACAGAGAUAUAUGAUCCAGAGACAAAUACAUGGAUGCCUGGACCGCCCAUGACUACAUGCAGGGCCAAUGUUGGUGUUGCUGUUGUAAAUGACAAGCUGUAUGCCGUUGGAGGUUUCUCUGGGAAGAAUUUCCUCAAUAGUACAGAGUACUUGGAUCCUGAGACAAAUGAAUGGACCAACUUCACUCCCAAGCCUGAGUUUCUCAAGGAAGGCAAUCUCUCUGUAGACGUUCAAAAAGAGAGCAGCCGCAAUAUGAAACAAAAUGGUCAUAAUGGUACACACGAAAAAGAGGAAUUUGCUAAAAUUAGCAAAAUCAAUCACAAAGAACAUGACAAAGUUUUCGAAAACGGAGUUGUUAAUGGGCACAGUGAUAAAGAUAGUAAUGGUAUUGCUGUUGGAGAUAAGCAAGUCACUAAUGGGCAUUAGGAAGAUAAGGAUAGUGAGGGGAAAAAAUCUUUCAAUUCUGAUUGGGAAGGCACAGUGACUUUUCUAUUCCAGAGUUGUAUUACAGCUUUUGAAUCCUGUCACCCAUUUAUUUUCACACUGGUGACUUUCUCACAAAAUAGUUACUAGGCGGUUUCACAUCACUGUACCCAAAGGAAAACCUCCUUUUCUGAAGUUUCGUGCCUUCUCACCUCAGCUACGAGGCAACACUCAGCUUGCUGAACAUCUCACGGAAGUCUAAAAGACAAUUUCUUGUUUAUGCGUGAGAUUGGUUAAAUUUCAUACAGUUACUUUACACUUAUAUUACUCCUUAGUUGGGAGUGUAGAUAUUUGCCUAUGGUAAUGGAGAAUUUGUAAUAUAUACAUAUAUACUGGAAUAAUGAUAUGAAAGGUUUUAUGUUUGACUAUAAUGGCUGUGGACAAACCUUUGUUGAAUAUUGUCAUGUUAUCAUGAAUUUCUUUAAGAUCUUUUAUUGUGUAUUUUUCUCUUCUAAGUUUAGGAAGAGUUUUUCUUACAAAUUUUUGAAAGUCAAUUUUAUCUUUAUAUAUUUUCUUGAUGGUUCAAGGGAUCAAUUAUUAUAAAUAAGAAGUUUGCUUUUCGUUCUAGUAUGAGCAAUUUAAUAUUUCUGACAUUUUUGAUAUACGAAAAAUAGCAAGUGCCAAAAUGGAAUUAUGAGCGACUUUCACUUCUAGAUUCAGCGCACUGUGUUUUCUUAUGGCCAAAUGGCAAAACAUUUUCAAUUACAGAGGAAAAUUGUUGUUAUACUUUGCAUUGGAAGUGACCUUUUAAUAAUGAAAUUGUGUUUUGUAGUUUGGAUUAGGAAAAGAAUGUGUGCAGAAAUGCUCACAAAUAUCUUUUGAAUUAUUAACAUUUCUAGUAACAACAAGGGAAGGUGGGAAAAGUGUGUUCUCAUAUUAGAGACAUCAAGCAUUAGAUCCUGAUUUCGCUUUAUGAUGAAAUGUGGCUUGACUUCUACGAAGUAAUUUUCAGUUCCUGUUUUAGCAAAAGGGUCAGACCUGGCUCUGUUUUCUGUAGACUCAGAACUUAAGUGAUUGAAAUCAAAUAUCCUGCACCACAAAUGCAUUUUCUCCUUAAAACCGAGAAAACAGAUAUAAAGUGCAAGACUGACGCAUAUCACACAGGUUUCAGUUUCCAGUAUCAAUAUGCGCCUGUCAGAUCCUUCUCCGUCCAACUAUUCCUGCUUAUACUUUUAUAUGUAAAUCUUAUUGCUCCUCUAUUCUUGUGGGUUGCUCAUUGAUGAAGUUUCUGCACAGUGUAUUUAAACAUUCACUAAAACAAAUUGUUCAGCGUUAAAUUUAAAGGCAUUACUCAUCUCAGUUAGUACAUUACAUGGUAUCAUACUGUGCUUGAUCCAUAAGUCGGUCGAUGGAUGGAUUUGCACAUGCAUCAUGCCCGCAGAUGUCUGAGUAUACAUACGAGUCACGGAAUGUUUAGUUUGUGGCCAAAGGUACAAAGGUGUAUAUAUAUAUCCCUGCUUUGUUAAACGUAGUAUCUUGGACCUUCAAGAUAUUACUUAUAGCAUCAGUAACAUCAUUAUCAGAUGCUAGAUUUUGACUGCUGAGCCUUUUUAAUCUAGGGUUGUAGCCACGCAAGGCACCAGAUGAGGUGAGCAGUUUUUCACAAAUUCGAAUCCUCAUCAUGGACUUGUGAGUGGGAUCUUUAAGUUGAGAGAGAUCAACCCUCUUCUCAGCUUCUGAUACCUAUUCCUCCAGAUGCUCUUUUCGUGGCUUCCUCAACAGAUUAGCGUAGAAGUCCUGGUGACAUUGUAACGCCUUUCUCGAUAAUCCAUCAGAAACGCUCCUACAUUCUAAAAAGAUAAAAUCACCUCUUCAAAGAUUCCUCUUUUGGUCGUCUUUAAAGCUGGAGAUUUAGGAUGUUUUAAUGUUUCACAUGCUCAUUCAUUUCUGUAUACCAAGUGUCGAAUCUGCUUCUCAAAGGGGCUUUGAGAUCCAAUGAGCUGAAAUUGUAUUUGUUGGAUAUCAUUAUGUAAAUGCCUUCUUGAAAGAGACUCAUCUCUAUGGCAGUAGAUGUGGGUCACUUCAUUUAUGCUCAGCAGCGCUUGUACCUUCGGUCACAAACUUGGUAUAUGUAGGUUUGUAUGUGUGUAUAUUUGAUAUACAUAUUAAAAUUCAUAUACAUUUAUAAACAUCAUAUUGCAAUUACUUUAUUGAAUAUUAAUGUUUGCAAAUGCAUCUGGUAGUAUGAAAUCACUUUUUCUGAUGCUCUACCGUAUAAAAUACAAGUCAGUGUAUGAUUUGGAAUUUUCCUUAUGAGUUUCUUAAGAAUAUAAUUUGUUUAAUUCAAGAUCA